AUAAAAUCGUGGAAAAUGACGACGGAGGAGGCUCGGGAGGCGCGUCCCAAGAUCGAAGUGGUUCGAGUGCCGUCGAUCGAGCGCGCGAGCUUUCGGCCCCUCGACGGCGUGCAGCUGCGGGCGGCCUACAGCCACGUGCGCGUCGGCACCUACUGCCCCGGGCUGGCAGCGCUACAGCCGCAGCCGAGCAGCCAACUCAGUCAUCCUGCCGUUACUUGCCACAAGCGACUAGCGUCCCGCGAGAUUAUCCCCAAGAGCGCCGAUUCACGCAAGUACAAAAAGAAUUUGGGGCCCGUGUCGAGACUGCUGAGGCGGCGAGGACAUCACUCGAGCGGCCUCGCGACCAAGUCCUGCGAUAAUAUUUACUGCGGUCAGAAGAGCGCGGCUGGCAAUUACCACGAGCAAGCUUUUCAUGGCCGCCAGAGCAACAGUCUGGAUUGGCGAAUGAAUCGCAGCUUGGAUAGGACCUCUACUCGCUUGGACACUCGCAAGGCGUCUCGAAGUGUCGAGCAGCUGUCGAAAAAUGCUCCGAACGCCAAGUCCAAGCUCGUGUCGUUGCUAAGGCGCUUGUCGCCUCGUUUGCCACGACCAACCAACAAUAAGGGAUCAACGACGAAUAUCUGCCCCUGGCUGCAAGUCGAGUACUCGAGGACGGACGAUGAGCCGGACACGAUCGACGAGCCGGAAUGCGACGAGCCGAGCCAGAAGCGAAAUUUACAAAGUCCCCGUAUCGAUGCUGAUUUCGAGCGCGAACUAGAGCUCAGUGAGCUGCGCAAGAAAACCCUCGAUUCUGAGAAAGAAUCAAUCGACGAUCUCACGAGUGCAGCUGAAGAUAUUAAAAAUCAGCAGUCGGUAUCGAAGCCAAGCAUGGGAAAUAAUGAAGAACCGAAUGUAGGCCAAUCAAAGCAAGCUGUGCACGAAGAGAGGGCCUCGCCGGAGGAGCUGAAUCGAUCGGAGGUGGCGGGCCUUCUGACGCCCCCCGAGUCUCGCCUAGUCAGUUGCGGCAACGGAAGCGGGGCCAGGCGCUCGAGGCCCCACUCGCUGGCGGUUCAACCUCUGAAUUAUCAGAGACUCGAUCCCGACUCGGUGCAGCAGCCGUCACCGCCGCCGCCGCAUCAGGCAGCCAAAGAGGUGGCCUCGUCGCAAGCCAAGAAAAUUAUCGCCAACAAAAGCAAUAACAACAACACCAACACCACCAACAACCGUAACCGCAAGAAUAAGAGCGAUAAAAGUGCGCAUCGCAAGAUGACGAGUCAAGAGAGCAUCGGUAGCUGCAGCCUCGACGUUGAGAAAUCGGCCUCCGAGCGAUCAGGUUCGCAUCAACAUCAUCAUGACAAUAAAGAGAUAACAGCGGGUUCUUUAUCGGAAAAAACUUUGCACAGCCUGAGCUUAUCGUGCAACGGCGACCGGGCCAACAGCAAUCAAAACAACGCCAACAACAAUAUCAUCAACGGCAACGCCAGUGACAAUAACCGAAGCAGCAAUAACAACAACAGCGAUACAAGGGGCCAAUCGGCAUUGAGCAAUGGUCACGCGAAAAACGAGCAGCAGUCAAACGGCCAUAUUCAGCAAGAGCAGCCAGACGACCUGGUGGACGGUGAUCAGCAGCUGACGACGUCAAAGAAGCCGAGUUAUUUGGGCUUGGCCUGCAGCAUCAACGGUUACACCAACAUCACGUGCUACGACAGUAAAUUGCGCGAGGGUUUUCGCUCCAGGGACGCGAGUCCAGGCGCUUCGAGGCUUAUCACUCGCGACUCCAGGCCGCACGAGAAUCUGUACAGCCAUCAAAGUUAUUUAACAGUAAGCGGGAACAAGUCGAUAUCUCCAUUAGCAAUGGAUCGCAACCAGCACAAUGGUUUUAGCAACGGAGUCCGCGAAAGCAAAUACAAGCUCGAAACGACGACCACCACCAUCACGAACAGUGGCACAAGCACGACGCGAACGCAACACGUUGAGGAAGGUUACUCUGAGGUCGACCGAGGACUCAGUAAUUUGAAUCACUCGAUCGAUUCGUACAAUCCCGUUUGUUCGAAUUCACCUAAGAAACGUAUAAACAGUCCCGUGGCUUCGCGCGUUCACGCCUAUAACCAACAAAACGCAUCUUUCUCUUCUGUAACCAGCUCUUCACCAAAAUUGCCAGUAAAAAAUGGAUCACAUAAUGCAUCGUUCAACGAUUCUAGCAUACUGAAUGGAUCUUCCGAUGGCGACUACGGAAUGCUCAACUGCUCGUCGGGCAGCGAGAAAUCUUUCAUUCAACAACGAGUUGAACGUCUUUAUGGGCCUGGUGCUUUAGCUCAAGGUUUCUUCUUCAAGCGAAGCAGUACCGGAAGUCCUCGAUUAAACACCAGCGACGUUUCAAAUAAUUCCAGUAAUAAAAGUAACAACAACAAUUUGGUAGAAGAAGCAAAUGAUGAAGAAUCACUGAGAACUUUGCCCGUUCUCCGCCAUUUGCGACCGGAAUUUCGAGCUCAGCUACCCGUUGUUAGUCCACGUAAAGCAACGGACGGAACAGAACAAAUUAUAAAACCUCUCAAAAGACUUUCAGUAGCAGAAAAUACAGAAACCAAAAAAGUUAGUACCAAAGGAACGCCUGAGAAAGUUGCAGCUCCUGCAGACAUCAUGCAAAAUGAGAAAUCAAUCUCUGUGAUGACAAACAGCAUGCAGAAUACAGACCAGCUACCUGCAGCUCCAAAAGUUGUUUUGCCUGCUGCAGAAAUAGCUGAAAGUUCUAGUAUCUGCGUAAAAGACGAUAAUUUUGAAAAAAAUGUACCUGUCAAAGAUGGCCAUUAUUUUAUGAAUCUCUUGAAUAUGGAACGUGAUAGAUUAAUUUCAUUAGCAGAAAGUGCUGAAAAAGAACUUGAUAGUAAUACAGAAACGGAGCUUCCCGAAGAAGCAGCUGGGAAAUUACGAUCUGCUGCUGGAAAAGCUAGACUGUUAGCAACUCAAAAAAUGAAACAGUUUGAAGGACUUUGCCAAAAAAAUAUUAAUCAAGAACCCGGUGAAGAAUUUCCAACUACUAGCGAAGAUUUAGCAGGAUUCUGGGACAUGGUUUCUCUACAAGUUGUUCAAGUUCAUGAAAUGUUCAAGCUACUUGAACAAUCGAGACAAGCUCAGUGGAAAGAGAUUGUUCCAGAAAUAAAACCUAUCCCCGCCACACCCCUAAAUGGGAAUACGAAGCGUCGGUACCAAACGCCCGCAUCAAAAAGUAAGUCAAGUGCCAGUGCCUCAGCUCGCAAAGCCCGAGAAACUCGGGAUCAAACUCGUCGACAACUAAUUGAAGAAAAAAGACGCGCCAUGCGAUCCUUAAACACAAAUAACGCGGAAAAUGUGGAAAUUUUCGUCCCUGAGUCGUAACAAUAAUCAUUUAUGUAUGUAAAUUUUCUAAGUCAUGAAACACUUCAAGAACUCUCACUUAAUAGAAUUAAUUGAAUGAUACGAAAUUAUUUUCAAAUUAUGUUUGCUUUAGAUUUUUUAAAACUACAAACCGAUCGGUAUAAAUAAAUUUUGAACUAUUGAUGGUUCAAAUGCGAGUAAAGAGAAGUUUUUAAUAAUAAACUUUUACUUCGCAAAUCUUUUUGAAAAAUAUACCUUAGUAUCUUGGAAAUUCUAAAUUUUUCUCAGUAUUGGUUUUAACAGAUAAAAUCAAACUAAAUACAUAUAUUUUUGAUAGAUUAAAAGUCAUCUUUUAUUAUGUUAGAUGAAAUGAAUGUUGACUAUUAUUUUUUCGUAAUAAACUCAUCACGUCCCUGACGUGGAAAUAUUGUUGUAAAAGAGUUUUGCAUUUUUUUCAAGUCGAUAAAAUUUGUAACCUUAAUAAUUAUCAAUAAUAUUUUAACACCAUUGUGAAUAAUUAUAAAUUUCUAGGAAGUUUAUCAAAUUAAAGAUACUGUUUUAUCAAAAAUGAUAAAUUACACGGUGCAUUGCAAUUGUAAAUAUUCAUUCCAAUGGCAUUUGACAAAUUUAUUAUAAUCUUUGUUUCAUGUAAUUGCCAAAUUGGAUGGAUUCCUAUUAAUAUUAUUAUUUCUUUUGUAAUGAAUGAUGAAUUGUAAUAUUGACCAUUUUAGAUGUUACUGUAGAUACAAAAAUUCUUAUUUUUGACAUGUAAUGAAAUUGCAAUACUCAUUCGUUGUUUAGCGAUUGCAUGUUAUUUGCAUCAUUUUUAUAAUAAUGUAUACUAGUUAUAUUUAACCAAGACAAACAUAAAUAGUCCCUUAGAAAGUUGACCCGUGUAUAAGUUUUAUACGCAAAUUAAGAUUCAUAAUUAUAUCUUAAUCUAUGUUAUAUGAAUGUGUGAAUAAAUUUCAAAUUGUACAUAUGGGCUGAGAAAUAACAAUGUACGAAUGAUUAAUGCUCAACUUGUCGAAUUAAAGUUUGUAUUCACUCAAAACUGA